GAAGAACCGUACGUUCCAGACGGUGUAUUCUGAGAGCAGCAGGGAUAGUGCACAACAGGAAUGGAAGGUCCCUCUGCAGACAUGGAUCCUGAACUAGCCCGGCAGCUGUUUUUUGAAGGAGCGACACUGGUGAUCUUGGGGGUUCCAGAGAGAUCUGAAUUUGGCAUUGAUGCCAACAGUUGGCAAGUGGGACCUCGCUUCAGGGGGGUAAAGAUGGUACCCCCGGGAGUGCAUUUCAUCCACUACUGCGUUACAAGGAAUGGUGGAGCUCCCGGAGAGACAGGUCCCCGCACUGGUAUCUUCCUUCACUUAGAACAGAAGGAUAUCCGCCUCCUGCACUGGAAUCCACAGGAUGAGGAGAUGGUGCCGGCCCCUCAAGAGGAGGCAGAUAAAUUGAGGGAACAAUUAAUGUCGCUGGACCCCUUCUUGGGGCCGUACCCCUAUGAGAGCAUGCGUCGCUGGGUCUCGCUAAGCAGCCACAUAAAGAAAGAAGUUAUAACGAAACUACAGCCAAAGUGUGGCAGUAUCUAUGCUUUCCCAGAGGUCCUGCCGACAGAACAGAUGACCCACACGGAAGACCGGACUCGGCACAACUUACCUAGGUAUGACUCUGUGUGUCAGAGCUAUAAGGAAGGCAUGGCCAGACUUCCGCUGAUGAAACAGAGAGAAGGAACCGAGAUCCGCUUCAGCCAGUUGCCGGCAAAGAUGUACCCUGAGAAUGCCACCCCUGCCGAGGUUACCCAGCACAGCAUGGAUCUUUCUUACGCUUUGGGUUGUUUGCUGGAGACGUAUUACCCCGGACAACCUCUAGAACUACUUGGUGAGUUGCAGUUUUCUUUUGUGUGCUUCCUGCUGGGAAACGUCUACGAGGGGUUUGAGCAGUGGAAGAUGCUCUUGAACCUCCUGUGCCGAGCGGAGACGUUUGCCUUUCAGCACCCUGCCUUAUACAUCGAAGUUAUAUCUGUACUUUACCACCAGCUGGCUGAAGUACCUACCGACUUCUUCAUAGAUAUUGUUUCCCAGGACAACUUUCUUACCAGUACGCUCCAGGUACUGUUUUCUUUCUUGUGUUCCCCUUCAAUGGAUAAAGCCCUCAGGAAGAAAGCUAUGCGAUUCCGAGCCCAUCUCACCAAGAAGUUCCAAUGGGACUUUGAGGAAGAACCUCUGGAUUGUGCACCUCUUGUUGUGGAGCUACCUGAAGCAGGGGAAGGCGAUUCAAACGCCCUGGUCCACAAUGCUACCUCCUAAGGGAUAUUCUGAAAAGACUGGUUUCACUUAAAUAGGUCUGUCUGAUAGCAGGAAGGUCAAAGAGAUGGAGUAUUACAAAUCAAAGUUACUGUGUCCUCUUCUUAAGGUAUUGGGAUUGGUGGAGCUAUUGGUUGGGGCCAUUCGGGGCAGCAUCCUCUGGGGCAUGCUGAUAAACCAUACUCUUUGUAAUCCGUUUUCAUGGAAACUGAUAUUUAUAUAAAAGGAAAAAAAAACAA